ACUCGAAUCGCGCGGACGCACUUUUCCGGUAGCGGAGGAAAAUCUGGAAAAUCGGGAAUUUCGAACUUGAAACCAAAAUUGAAGCCAAAACAGCGACGCCAAAAGCUUUGUUUGUGUGGCCCCGUGAGGAGGUGUGAUUGUGUACGCUUGGAUUCGGAAAAAAUUCGCAUUUUUUUAGGGUCGCGGGAUCCUAUCCUCCGGGCGUGUGUUUUUCCUCGGCCCCCCAUUGUUGUCCUUAGAUUAAGGAUAAACGGGCGAGAGGGGAGCCGAGCUGUGACAACAACAGGGAAGAAGAGAGAAAAGAAAAACCAACUCAGUGUGUGCCAAGUGCAAGGAGUUGUAAUUUAUAGUUGCCGAAAUUAAAUUAUGUUAAGUGCCCCAAAUCUCUAAGAAGAGGAAGUGCAAAGCAGCGGAAAAUACCAACAGCCACUGAGGAAGGAAAAACCAAGUACUGGAGGGAAAACAGAGAAAUAAUUGAAAAGUGAACGCCGAGCUAAACAAGUUGCAAUGUGAAGAGCCCUGAAAGGACAAGUGCGAACCAAGGAACAGGACUUGUCAACGACUAGCUGCAGCACAAGCAGGAGCAGGAGCAGCUGCCACAGCAGCGAUUGACAGGACGAAAAACAAAGCCCAACUGGCUGAGAGGACUUCCUGCUCGAGUGGCACGGCCAGCAAAAGUUUAACGUUGUUUUUCCGUUCCAUGGCCCCCGGAAAACUGCAGCAACGGGGCGCAAUGUGCUGGCCAACUACCGCAGUCGGAGAAUAGAAAGAAUAGAAAAUCACUCGAAAAAGCCUUGGCCAAAAACAGAAAAGAAAAGCGUGAAAAUAGAGAGGGGGAAAAACGGAGCAACCACUGUGCGGUGCAGCAUAUGUGUGCUUUUGCUGUGCUUUUUCUGUGAUGCCACAAGGACACAAGGACACUUCAAGUGACAGCAACAUACGCGAGUUUUUCGUUCGUGGAGAGCCCACCAUUUCCAUCUAAGACGCAGCAGUAUGCGCAAGCACAAAGCGCCGCCCAGCGGCAGUCCAAGGACAAUGCGCCAGGACAUUUCCCAAUCGGAGCAGUCGGCGGGAAACGAGGAGUCCCCAGCAAGAGCAGCAGGAGCAACAGCAGCAGCAGCAGUGGAAACCCCCCAACAGAGCCUGCUCCUGGGCCACAAUCCCGCGGAUGGAUCCGCAUCAGCUGCCGCCGCUAGUCGCCUGGCCCCGCCCCCCUGUCAGCCUCCCAUCAGCAGCAGUGUCGCCACCAAGGAGCGACCUCGUCCCACAGUCCGGUUCAUCUCCCUGCUGCAUGUGGCCAGCUACGUGCUCUGCCUGUGCGCCUUCAGCUUCGCGCUGUAUGGCAAUGUGCGGCAGACGCGGCUGGAGCAGCGGAUGCAGCGCCUCCAGCAGCUAGAUGCCCGGAUCGUGGAGUUGGAGCUGCGACUGGAGCAGCAGCAGCUGCUCCACUGGCCUGCCGACCAGACGCAGAUCCUGUCCAGCAAUCCCAGUGGCGGAGAGAGUGCCACUGGCAGUGGCAGCAACAACGGCUCCAGUCAGCACUUGGCGCUGCACGUGCGGCGGGAACUGCACCGCCUGCGACGGGAUGUCUCCCAUCUGCAGCUCACAAGGCGCCAGCAACGCCGCCAGGCGGCAGAGGCGGCGGCAGCAGCAGCGGCCAGCGGAGAAGGGGGAUCCGGCGUUGGACAGUGCCAGUGUCAAGCAGGUCCUCCAGGUCCACCGGGUCCACAGGGCAAACGAGGGAAGCGCGGCAAGAAGGGCGACAGCGGCGAAAAGGGCGAUCCGGGCCUAAAUGGCAUCAGCGGGGAGAAGGGCGCCGCGGGCAAGCCCGGUGACAAGGGCCAAAAGGGCGAUGUCGGCCACCCCGGCAUGGAUGUCUUCCAAACUGUGAAGGGUCUGAAGAGAUCGGUGACAACGCUGCAUGGCGGCACGCUGGGCUAUGCGGAGAUAGUUGCUGUUAAGGACUUGCAAGAAGCAGGCGUCAAUGUAUCCGCUUCCACAGUCAUACAGCUGAAGGGAGAGCCUGGUGAACCGGGUCCGCCAGGACCGCCGGGUGAGGCGGGACAACCUGGGGUGCCUGGCGAGAGGGGACCUCCGGGAGAAACUGGAGCACAGGGCGUCCAGGGCGAGGCCGGUCAGCCCGGAAUCGCUGGACCACCUGGCGUGGCCGGCGCACCUGGCACGAAGGGUGACAAGGGCGAUCGAGGAGAUCGCGGACUUACCACAACCAUCAAGGGUGACGAGUUCCCCACGGGCAUCAUAGAGGGUCCGCCCGGUCCGCCGGGACCACCUGGCCCGCCCGGAGAGCCGGGAAUUCGAGGAGAGGCGGGACCCAUUGGACCGGCAGGACCUCCCGGAGAGAAAGGACCGCGUGGCAAGCGCGGCAAGCGGAUAUUCGGACCCGGAGGCACCAAGUUAGACGAGGAUUACGACGAUCCGCCGGUCACACUGUUGCGAGGUCCUCCAGGACCGCCUGGCACCUCGGGCAAGGACGGACGCGAUGGACGGGACGGCAGCAAGGGAGAGCCCGGAGAGCCGGGAGAACCAGGUUCGCUGGGACCACGUGGCUUGGAUGGCCUGCCCGGUGAGCCGGGCAUUGAAGGACCUCCUGGAUUGCCCGGCUAUCAGGGUCCGCCGGGGGAGAAGGGCGACCGCGGCGAUAUUGGACCGCCUGGAUUGAUGGGUCCGCCCGGCCUGCCAGGACCUCCCGGUUAUCCUGGCGUCAAGGGAGACAAGGGCGAUCGUGGUGAUUCGUACCGCAAGAUGCGUCGUCGGCAGGAUGAGGGGAUGUCCGAUGCCCCGCACAUGCCCACCAUCGAAUAUUUGUACGGCCCGCCGGGACCUCCGGGACCCAUGGGUCCACCGGGACACAACGGCCUGCAGGGGGAACGUGGCAUGGACGGUCGCAAGGGGGACGCGGGCGAUAAGGGCCACAAGGGAGACCAGGGACCCAUGGGGCUGCCGGGUCCGAUGGGCAUGAGAGGCGAGUCAGGACCUUCGGGACCCACGGGAAAGGCUGGCAUACCGGUGUGGGGCGACUACUAAUACUAGCUAAAGGGCAGUCUCUAUUAAAAUAAUAACCAACACAUUGCGCCAAAGUCUAAAUGAAAUGCGACUUGAAAAAAAGCCAUUUAACACACACAUACAAAACACACCCACACACACACUCGAACAGAAAGUCCUUAAGAAAAAGCAUACAUAUGAGGAAGGGAAAUCCAAUUUAAUCAAAGCAAAUCAAUGUUCAAAGUUACGAGGCCGCGCAACGCUUGUCAAAAUGUGCUCAGUUAUCGUCUAUAUAUAUACAUAUGAACAUAUAUAAUUGUGUAUAUGACAGGCGUACUCUAUAUGUAAUCAAUUUGUACAAACACGCACCCAUGUACAGAAAAUCAAACUCGAAAUAGCAGCAUGUCAGUGCCGAGUAAGCAAAUCAAUUAAUUGCACAAGGCAAGGAACCGAACGAAAACUGAACCCCUCCACUCCACCCGCAUGAGAAAAAAAUUAAUAUUCAUAUCAUUUAAAAUGCCCCAAGAGUCAAAUAAGUAUUUAUGUAUACAACCAAAUGGCGCAAACAGACGUGUGUCUACAGAAGCGUAUUUACAAACAUCAAUCAAUCGAAUCAACUAACACUACACACCCACAUGCAAACACAGCAAUCCAACUAACAAAUAUGCAAUGCAAAUAUUUUAAUUGCAUUUCAUUCGCCGCCGCUCUGUGCAAAUCAGCAGGAGCAGAAGUGCAGGAAAGGCCUCUCGGGCACGCAUAAAUCAUACGCACCGUGGUACGUGAAAAGAGCGUGCUGUUCGAGCACGCUUUCCCCUGGAUCUCAAGUGCUUUCCCGAGUGCGAAGCUCCUAAUUGCAGGCUUAUGACGAGACCCCAGUCGCAAUCAUCGCCAAUUGGCCAUAAGUGACUUAAUUACUCGAGUAAUCAAAUUAUUCUUAGCAAUUGAACCGCACGAGCCUGCUCCUGCUGCAUUCCGCAUUGUCUUAGGUGCCGUCCAUGGGCUUUUGUCUGAAUAUUCGAACAGUACUCGUUCACUCAAACACAAAGCAUUAUUGCCAAGGCUUCAGUGUGAAACGCAAGCAUCCAGUAGUCGUGAGUGCUUAACUAGGGAAUUGUGCUAAUUAAAGGUGGCAGCACAAAAGAAUUGUAAGAUACUUUCUACCACACUCCACUCUCUCGAUGUCUACAAGUAAAGAUAUUGUUUAGUUACUAUACACACAAUCCAUCUUAAAGAGAUCUAUGUAUACAUACCAGGCAGUGUACUCGUAUAACCCAUAACAAAGAGCUAUCCAAACCAAUUGUGCAUAUUUUUCAGUGUUAAUAAAUACUAGUACUUCAAUAAAUCAGAGAAAAAGAGAAAGGCAGACACUAGCUAGGCUAAAGUUCCAUAGUCGGAAAAUUAAUGCUUUCCAAUUCGAAACGCAGCUUGGCAGAGCUGAUGUGCUGGGGCAGCCCCUCCUGAAAUGCGAAAUAUCAACAAUAAAUACAUAAUCUUACCACAAGUAUGUAUCCUAUUGGUUUCAUGGACAUCUCAAACAAAGUAACGCAAACAACUCUAUUUAUACAACAAAAGUGAAGGCAUAAAUUAACAUUUACGAGCGAAUGCUGCAUUUUCAAUUUCAACGCUCGACCUAGGCAAAGGACGAAUAAAACGGCCUGAAAAUCAAACAUAAUCAAUGCAAAUGAAAUAAUGCCCUGGAAAUAUGAUAAUAAAAGUAUAUAUACUGCCAUUUGACAGCCUUUGCCCGGCAUAUUUCCGCACCGAGAGAACAGGGCCCAUAAAAAUUGAAUGGGCUUUAUUGAAUAUGCAAAUGGGGAGUGGAAAUGUUUGCAGCUUUAAGGUUCACUCGAACGGCAAACAGCAAACGGCAAACGCCAAACGGCAUCGAAAAUCAGAAAGAAUAUGUCAAUUUGUUUUCAAUUAGAUGUGUCUCGUUGUUGUAAUAAUCCCCCUAAAUGGAAAACAGAAUACACAGGCAAUUUGCAUGUCAAUUUUCGUUUAAUCCACUAAAUGUCAAACAAACCCCAAUGUGUACAUAAGCGGUGAAGCGGCAAAGAACGAAACUUAAUCGUAAUUAAUUAUUAAUUUUUCCUAGCUCUCUUCAGCUCUCAACGUGUUUACUUGAAUCUCGCUCUACAUACCUAUAGAUACUUACUCUGUACCCUCUAGAUUCCUUCACUUGCUAGCCACUAACGACGAACUCAACUUUCUCGAUCCAUAGGCUAGAAUAAUGAAUUGUGUUUUUCGCGAUUGAAACCUAACAUUAACCUAAUAAAUAAUAAUGGUAUUUGUGGAGACGUAAAAAAGGUUAAACCCCUAAUAAGCCGCUAACAAUAAUUGUAAGUGUAAAUUUGUUAAUUACCCAAUAAACAAGAAGAGUUUGCAAACGAAAAAUAAAAAAAUAUACAAAUAUAUAUAUAUAUAUAUAUUUACGUGUAUUUAUGUCUAUAUACAUGCAUAUACCAAAAAUGUCGGUGUGCGAGUGCAUAAUGCCAUCACAAACACGAAAUACAAUAUUUUUAUCCGUGCUGCUGCAUUUCAAAUGUACGAUUCGAGUGAAUAUAAAAACGAAUGUGAAUUCUGGUAGUUAUUUGUCGUAGCAUGAGCAAACCAGAAAAACAGCAUUCGAUGGAAUGACCGAAAUGUAAAAUGGCUAAAUGAAACUAACAUAAUUUUCGAAUUAAUUAUGCAUUUCCAAUAAAGUGAUGGUUUUUUACUAAAAACAAA